AUGGUAGUGCGGCGAGGCUCGACAGUCCACGCAGCCUGGUCCUCAUGCCUUGAGGUAGUUGCAGUCAUCUGCACCGCCACGAGUGGCGCUUACAUGUUCUAUGGCGUGGUCGUGGGGAUCCGCGACCCCCUCGAGUGGGAUUGGCGGGACGCUUGUCAACUUUUGUGGGUCUUUGAAGACGAAGAUUGUAUCAAGGUAUGGCAAGAAUGCGUCGAGCGACCCCGGCCAAGCAACGCUGCUUGGGUGUCCCGUCUUCAGUGCAUCGUGGGCUGCUACGAGACCGAUGACGGCACCAAUCUGUACGCCGUCAAGUGGGACGGCUACGCAUGUCCGACGUGGGAAGCAGAAGAGGACCUUUACAAUUACGGCCAAUUGAUGGCCGAGCAUGAUGAGACUUGCCAAUGCGCGCCAGGCCUUGAGAGUCGCUAUCAACGUAACGAGUGGAACGGACGAGGUCGGCGAAAAGUGGGCCCAGCCACGCCAGUUGCUGGUUCGCGGCCGACAGAUGUAGUCUCGAUGGCAGAGAUCUAG